AUGAAUUCAACAACAAAUAUUUCAUUAUUAACAACAUUAAACUGUUCAUUAAAAGAUCGUGUUUAUACAUCAGAUUAUUUAUUUUUUAAAUUACUUUAUGGGACAUAUUUACGUUUACUUAUUGGGCCAGGUAUAUUACUUAAUACACUUUGUCUUUUUGUUCUUUCACGUCCAAGAUUAUCAAAUAAAUCAACAACUAUUGUCUUUUUACGAUUUCUUGCAAUUUUUGAUAUUUUGGCCAUUACACUCAAAUAUAUUCGAGCUGAAAUUAAUUAUCAAUCACUUGAAAAACAAAAAGAUAUUAUGAUAAUAACACCUGUAUUUUGUAAAACACUUUAUGUAUUUAUGAAUGCAUGCAUUUCAAUAGCUAUGUGGACUAUCGUCUUAAUGAGUUUAGAUAAAGCUGUAGCUGUCAGUUAUCCACUCAAAUCUGGUAUAUGGGUAACACCAAAACGAGCAUUUUAUGGGUGUUGUUUUAUAAGUUUUAUACUUUUAAUGGCUAAUUUAUAUUUUAUUAGAUUAUCGGGUGUAGUUCUAGGAAAAAAUAAUAAUAAUAAAAUAUAUUGUGGAUUAAUUAAAGAUUCUUUGAUAAUUGAUGUUACUACAGCUUCGAUUUUACCUAUUAGUUUAAUCACACUUAUUAAUAUUGUUAUUGCUGUUACUGUGAAUUGUGUUUCUCAUACAUCAUUGGAUUUAUAUACAACUAAGAAUAAAAUAGAGUUACAAAGUUCAUCAAGCGAUUUUAUAAAAAAAGGACUUAUAUCAACGAAAUAUCGUAUUCGAUUCUCAGAAAGUUCAUCAUCAACAACAGAUAGAAGUCAAGCAAUGAAACGACGUAUAAGUGCACAAGUAACACGAAUGCUUUUAGCUGUUACAUUAUCAUUAAUUAUAUUUAAUAUUCCAAAUACAAUUGUAUUUCUUUAUACAAGAAUUAAUGAUCAUCGAUCAUUAUUCAAAAAUCGUCAAUGUUUUGAAGUUAGUGAUAAUGAUAUUAAAUUAUAUAAAAAAAAUUUUUAUUUAAGUGUUAUACAAGAUAUAUUAUCUGAUUUACCACAUAUUGUAAAUUUUUUUCUUUAUUGUUUAGCUGGAAAAAAAUUUCGAAGUAUUUUUUUAAAUGAAAUUCAUCAUUGUUGUAUUAGAACAUAUUUAAUUAGAAAAAAACAAAGAUAUUUUACUCAAAAUGGUAGUAUUAUUAAUGGUGAUUUAAGUUAUCCAGCAGGUUUUAAUUCAAGUCAAAGACAAAUAUUAUAUGGAGAUACUUUAUCAAAAUUGAAGAAGACAACUAAUGCUUCAUUUAAUACUUUAACAAAUAAAUUAAUUUUCAAUGAUGAAAAUCAUAAUGAAUUCAUAAAUGAAAAUGAAAAUUUUCUGUCAGGACAAUAUUAA